AUGAGCAAAUGGAAAGCCGAAGAGCCAAAGACUCCAGAUGAGGACGCUCUGAGAGAAGAAGACCUGCAGUAUGGAACCAGUGGCUUGACAGAGGAGGAAUUGGCUGCAAAGUAUCCCCAUAAGCCCAAGAACCAUUCCAAGACGCUGAGAUUCUCAGAGCUCUUCAAGGACCUGUUCAAUCCGCUAAAUGACAACAAGAAGCAGCCGAGCGCAUCAGGCCCAGCCAGCAAAAAGGGCCCCCACGGACUGACCAAACUAUCGCCACAGGAACAGAGGCGACAUAUUGUUGAGAGGUUCAUCACGAGAUGGAGGAAAGAAGUCGGCGACGACUUUUAUCCUGCUCUGCGUCUCAUCCUGCCGGACAAGGAUCGCGAUCGCGGCGUCUACGGGCUGAAGGAGAAUGCCAUAGGCAAGCUCCUGGUGAAGCUGAUGAAGAUUGACAAAAACUCGGAAGAUGGCUACAAUCUCCUGCACUGGAAGCUGCCUGGCCAAACGACGGGAGCUCGUCUCGCUGGCGACUUUGCCGGCCGAUGCUUCGAAGUCAUCUCAAAACGCCCAAUGCGCACCCAGGUGGGCAACAUGACCGUUGCAGAAGUCAACCACGAGCUGGAUAAACUAGCUGCGUCAGCCGGAGAAGCUGAGAAUCUGCGCAUCUUUGAGACUUUCUACAAUCGCAUGAAUGCCGAGGAGCUUAUGUGGCUCAUUCGCAUCAUCCUGAAACAAAUGAAAGUCGGUGCUACAGAAAAGACCUUUCUGUAUCUAUGGCACCCUGAUGGCGAAACCCUUUUCAGUGUGUCUUCAAGUCUGAGGCGCGUAUGCUGGGAACUCUACGAUCCAGAAUUCAGGCUUGAGCAGGAUGAAGCCGGCAUCGCGCCGAUGCAGUGCCUUCAACCGCAGCUUGCUCAGUUCCAAAUGCCAGCGUCGUUUCAAAAGAUGAUUGAACUCCUUCGACCCACGGAAGACGAUCCUGAAUUCUGGAUAGAAGAAAAAUUAGAUGGCGAACGCAUGCAGAUGCACAUGGUAGAGGAUGCCGACCACCCUGGGGGACGAAGAUUCUGCUUCUGGUCGAGAAAGGCCAAGGAUUACACGUACCUAUACGGCAAUGGCCUGCUGGAUGAAAACUCUAGCUUGACGAGGCAUCUUAAAAAUGCAUUUGCACCUGGAGUACGGAACCUGAUUCUAGACGGCGAGAUGAUUACUUGGGACAUGGCAGUCGACAAGAUUGUCCCCUUUGGUACUCUAAAGACGGCCGCCCUUGCAGAGCAGAGCAACAAGUCCGAAUCGAACGCAGCUGGCCACCGUCCCUUAUUUCGGGUCUUUGAUAUUCUGUACCUAAACGACAAGCAGCUUACACAGUACACUUUGCGCGAUCGACGGAAUGCUUUGAGCAAGGCAGUCAAAUCGGUACAUCGACGGCUAGAAAUCCACGAGUAUACACGCGCAAUCUCGGCCGAUGCUAUUGAGCCGCUUCUACGAGAAGUGGUUGCGAACGCAUCAGAGGGCCUCGUUUUGAAGAAUCCUCGAUCCAUGUAUCGCCUCAACAGCCGCAACGACGACUGGCUAAAGGUGAAGCCAGAAUACAUGUCCGAAUUCGGCGAAUCUCUCGAUUGUGUCAUUAUCGGUGGCUACUAUGGUUCCGGAAAGCGAGGAGGAAUCUUAUCAAGCUUCUUGUGUGGUCUUCGUGUGACGCAGAACCACAUCCAGGCUGGCGCACACCCGGAAAAAUGCUUCAGCUUCUUCAAAGUCGGCGGUGGCUUUCGAACCGAGGAUUAUGCAGAGAUACGACAUCGCACUGACGGCAAAUGGAUGGAGUGGGAUCCUAAAAACCCGCCGUCAGAGUACAUUGAGUUGGGUGGUGGCGAUGCCAAGCAGUAUGAACGACCCGAUAUGUGGAUUCGGCCGAAAGACUCUGUUGUUGUCUCUGUGAAAGCGGCCAGCGUUGGCCCUUCGGACCAAUUCGCUCGAGGGUUUACGCUGCGAUUCCCUCGAUUUCGAAGACUACGGCUCGAUCGCAGCUGGGACACGGCGUUGUCUUUGGAAGAGUUUCAAGAGCUUAAGCAGAGAGUGGAGACUGAGUUGAAGCAAAUGGAGAUGACUGUGGAGGACCGUAGGAGGAAGAAUCCAAAACGGAUAAAGAAGGAGCUUGUCAUUGCGGGCGAUGAUGCAGCACCCCCCGAAUUCGAAGGAGAAAAGUCGAAGCUGUUUGAACGACUAGAGUUUUGCGUGCUGUCCGAGUCGUUGAAGCCGUCCAAGAAGACCAAGGCGCAGCUGGAGUCCAUCAUUAAAGAAAACGGGGGCUCCAUCUCGCAAAGAGCUGCUGCGGGGACGAAAAUGGUUCUUAUAGGGGAUAAGAAAGUGGUCAAGGUUGCUAGUCUCAUGAAAGAGGGGGACGUUGACAUUAUUCGGCCUAUAUGGAUCAAAGACUGCUUGGAUCAACCCAAUGGAGGAUUUCUACUGCCGUACGAAGAAAGGCACUUGUUUCAUGCGACGGAUGGCUUGAUCGACAGUGCUUCUCUGAAUACAGAUCCUUUGGGCGAGAGCUAUGCCUGCGAUACGUCUGUGGACGAGCUAAGAGAGGUGCUCCAAAACAUGCCCAAGCUCGAGGACGCAGAAUCAUUUGACAAGAUGCUGUUUCUGGAUCAACUGGAGCAGCAUGGGAAAGAUUUCACGACUUUGCGCAGUUUCAUGUUUUCGCAGUGCAGAGUGCUGUUUUACCUCGCGGACGGGGCAAUGGAGAGCGUAAAAGACAAGUGGGAGCGGUUCAUCCGGUAUGGGGGCGGUUCGUGCAGCCAGGAUCUGGAGGACCAGAGUGUUACGCAUAUUGUUGUGCUGGGGGAUGAUCCGAUGGAGGUUGGGGAUGUGGGGGAUAAGUUGAGGCCGAGGCUGAGCUCGAGGGGGAGGAUGCCGCGGUUGGUGAGGUUGCGGUGGGUGGAGGAGAGUUGGAGGGAGAGGACGGUGUUGGAUGAGGAGAGGUAUGUUGUAUGA